AUGACCGAGAAGCGCAAGCGCAGCGAGGAGUCCGACACCUCGGCCCCUUCUGACCCGGUGGACAAGCUGCUGGCUGGCCUGCCGGAGGUGAAGCGCACCCGCGGCGGGCGCCGCAAGGCGCAGGCUGCACCUCCUGUCGAGGAGCCUGCCGCCGUGGCGGAGUCUCCGGAGGUGCCGGCCGACGACAAGAAGGCCGACAAGCCGGCCAAGAAGGCCGGGCCGCCGAAGUUCAUCGUCUUCGUCGGGAACCUUCCCUACAAUGUCAAGGCCGAGGAGGUUCGCGAGGAGCUGUUCAAGCCGCUGGUGGAGUAUGUGCGCGAUGUGCGCGUCCGCGCGGAGAAGGGCUUCGCUUUCGUGGAGUUCAAGAACUACACCUCCUACAGCAUGGCCAUCCGCAUGAACAAGACCUCCUUCAAGGGGCGCGAGGUCAAGGUCGAGGCCACGGUCGGCGGCGGCGGCAACAGCGCCGCCCGCAAGCAGAAGCUCAUGAAGAAGAAGGUGGAGAUGAACAAGAAGGUCCAUGUCCAGCUGAAGACCAUGCUGGACGACUCGCGCCUCAAGGGGGCCAUCUCGCGCGCCACCGCCGCCGGCAAGCUCCCCGAAUCGUCGUAG